AUGAAAAAAGUCUUAAUUGCAGGAGGAGCAUUAGCAGGCCUUGCUGGAGCUAUUGCAAUUAUUUCCAAAAAGCUUCUGAAGAAAGAUAUUUUAAAGCAGGCAGGAGAAUUGCAAGUCCAGACAAGCGAAUUCAAAGAUGGGGUGCUCACUCUCGAGUCAGCUAUUAGCAUUCUUGAUGUACUUGUCGAACAAAUACCUGAUGCGAUAGGAAAAAUAAAGGAAGAGUUUGUAAAACGAAGGCUUGAAUUUUAUAAUAAUGACGAAAUUAGGUAUAGAGACGUGGUCAAAGAGUUUUUGGCACUUCAGGAACAAGAAAUUAAGAGAAUUACUGAGUGUGCUUUUGAGUCCUUCCAAAUCACAGCUGCUGAUUGGGAUAAAGCUCUUUCUAAAUAUUUCAGCCAUCCAGAAAUAGCAAGUAGAAUAAGCAAACUCCACCCAAAAAAUGAUGCCUCGUCGAGAAUAGAUGACAUCCCUGUCGAGCUGACUGAAGAAAAAUAUAUUGACUGUCUUAGAGAAAUUAGAGAAGGCCUUGCCAAGUUUGCAGAAAGUCACCAAGGCGAGCUUAUAAGUCCAUUCGAACUUAUCGUUACUGAACUCAAAAUAUACGACGAUAUCUGCAGCUUAAUUAACUUAAAAUAUUAUCGAGUACCUCCCAGUCCUUUUCACGUCCCUUGAUUUCGCUCCAACUUCUUGCUUUCCAUUCCUAUUCCACAGCCUAAAGGCAUGCUGCUCCUCCAAAGAGGUUUGCACUCCCAAACUGAAGAUAAAGAUGCAAGGUCACUACGCUAUAAAUCAAUGGUCCAAAAAUUCAAAAAGCGAAUUUUCUGUUCAGGCUAUAUAUCGAGAUAAAAAUGUAGCCCAGGGGCUUUACUCCCGAUAUCACGUUGAGAAAUAUCUGAUUAACAGCUGAUCUCCAUUGCCUUAAGACACUUGCGGGCUUCGGGUGUUAAGAUGGCAGGUUGGUUCGCCACGCCAUUUUUAUAUGUGUGCGAUAUCUGAAUCAAAUAUGGCUUUAAUGAAAUACACUUGAGCUCUGCAAAGCAUAUGUUCAGAACAUCAUACAGAGUUAAAGAGCUCCAGCAAGACCUCGAAGAAAUCCAUAAAAGUAUCAUGCCUCCAAUCAAGGUUAAAGCAGCAUAA